AUAAUGUUGAAGAGAAGGUUACAAUCCUCUGUUAACAGGAGAUAACACUUUAUAUAAAGUACGUGACAUGUCUUUACUUUAAUUUUGUAUUAUUAUUUUUAUUAUAACAUAGAAGUAAAUAUAUUCAUUGAUGCCAUACUCAUUUAAGUAACUGGAUUUAACAAUUUUUUUAGUGUAAGUAUUAUUUUCUUGAUAUACUUAAGUUUAUAUCAAGCUAUUCGCUUUCAUCUAACUGCAUAUCAAUACAAGGUCGUGUAAAAGCCUGGCUUGGAGAACGUUUAAAGAAAAUUAUCUGAUUUUAAAAUCAUGUGUAUACUUUAACCACUUUGCAUAAUACAGGAUUCAUGUUUGGCUUUACAAUACACGUUUUUUUUAAGUUUUUAGCGAAAUAACAGAAAAAGUGACUUUAAAUAUCAUUUCAACACUACAAGACUCACGUAUCUCUAUGUGCACUUCAAUGUUGAAUAAAAAAAAUUCAAUUGGCGCUUUUGUUUAGAUAAAGUAAAAUUGCGAUUCUUUUUAUGUACGAAAAUUGAUUUACAUCUACCCAAUUUCGAUUUUUGAAUUCGCUGUGAAUCUGAAUUGUGUAAAAUUUUAUUCGUUCAAAUUGUUAAAAAAAAAUUUGCAGUAGAGCGGAAUUUUCUACGAAACUUUUUAAAUUUCAAUUUCUCACUCCAGCUCGGGGAAAAAAUAGAUAUCGAAUUGUCACUUCAGCAACUGCAACGAUUCCUAACUCCGUGAUUAUUAAAGAAAAAAAAUAUAAUUCAGUUAAUAUUCACGAAAAAGCACAUAUAAAAUUUAAACAUUUUAUUAUCGAUAUAGAGCUUACCAGGAUGCCUAAAGAACACACUGAAUUGUUGUGCAGAAGAUUUUCAUAACUUGCAAAUAUGUAUUUAUAAUUUUCUAAAUAGUUUCUUCUAUAUUUUCAUUACUUAGUAAUACUUCCUCUAUCCGUAAUAACAAAUGUGCUAUUUCCAAUUCUAACACAAAUAAUAAUACAAAAAACUUAGUGCCGUAUCAAAAUCGUAGACUAUAACUUUUAAAAUUGAUAUGAGUAUGUUUGGUUUGAAUGUAGUUUACUUGCGGAAAAAUUUGCAAAAUAUCCAUAUACUGAAAACAUAAUUUAGCCAGCUUAUUCAUGUUUUUAAUCUAAAAGUAUCGACAGAACUCAUAGUUUUUAAAUGUUAUGAACAUGGAUAAAUUAUACGAAUGCAGUUACAACAAUAACUGUAAGGAAAAGACAAUUGUGCCGGUUGCACAAUAAUUAUAUUUUUCAACUAACCAUUCACUUCAUAUUGCUUCAAUGUCAAAAUAAACAUUUAAAUUUUGUCAUAGAUUUUUUCUUCCGUAUUGAAAGGUGAAAUACUGAAACAUUUACCAAAGCUACUAUUCGCGUUACGCUUCCUCAUAGAAAUAUAAUGAGAGUAUAUUAACAGCGAAUAUAUGGCAAUAUUCGUCACAAUGCGAGAUCAUUUUAGCGAAUCAGUUAUUUUUCAAUAUAUUUUGUUUUCUAUAAAGUACAUAAACUUUGGAAAAAUCUUUCAGAUUGGAAUUUUCCUAGUGUGCAAAAAUAUUCGAGUCAUUAAAUUAAAUUUAGAAUAUUAAAAUUAAUAUUAAAUAUAUUUAUUUGCAGUGCUCUUACUUAUCCUAUGGAUUAUUUUCUUUGUAUCGUUAACACUUAAGUACAAUUCAGUAUGAUCUCUUAAGUGUAUGCGACUUAUUCUCUAUAUAAAUGCGGGGGGGUUGUUCAGAAGAGUGAAAGUGUUGGAACUGAUAGUUUAUUUAAUAAUUAAAUUGUAUAUUAUACAAUAUUACAUCUUUGGUGAAAGCAGAAUUAAAAAAUCAGGGUACUAAAUUGAGACAACAAUUAAUGCUGUCAUAUAAAAAAACAAAAGUAGGAAAUAAUUGUUUGUCAUCAAAGACGAUAAUCACAUAUUCGUCACUGAAAGUUCAUUAUUAUUAUUAUAAAUUUCUUGUCAGGUCAUCACAUUUAUUUGCCCACAACUUUAAUUAAUACUGUAUAAAGUAUUAUAUUGCGAAAUGUGGUAAGCUGUUCCAAUAAUAUUGAUUCUCCUGCUGCUCCUAAUACUGAAGAAGAAUAGUAAUAUAUUGAAUAAAUUAUCUAUUGAAAUUUGCCUUUCUCUUUCUCUCUUUGUGAGUUUAAAUGGAUAAAAAAAACUUAACUUUUAAAUAUGAUGUAACGUGGGGAAAAAAUAAACAGUACAUUAAAGUAACACAUUUCUUAAAUAGAGGGAGACAUUUUUAAUAAAACAAAAAAAAGAUUAUUACUAAGUAUAACCACGAAUAGGGCGACCUUAUGAGGAAUGACUAUUGUUGUGUAAGGAAAGAGGAAAAAGAAAAACACUUUUGACCAUAAUAUUAUUUAGGUAAACGAGAAGAUGUUGGAGUAUUUGUAAAUUCAGCGUGUGAGUUAGAAUUUUUACGGAGAAUCCAAUUAAGAUUUUAACUAAAAGACAUUUCAAAAAUGAAAUAUAGUUGAUAACUAGUGAGAAUAAUAGACUCACUUGCCUUUCUCAUUUCUGCUUUGUUUUUCCGGUUCUUCGAUCCUCGCAAAUACAGUGGUGAAAGUAGUUAUUAAUAUCACAUUUUGUAACAUUCGCAAAGUAUUUUUUGAAAUCUUUUGUUAAGAAAAGAUGUCAGAAACGAUUUUGGAAUGUCAAUAUCACAUUUUCUGGAACUAUGCACAACAUUGAAUAUCUAAUAUAACUUUAUAUAUAAAUGCCCUAAAACCCCCGUUAAUUCCGUGAAAGGAAUUUAGAGUACUUUGGUAAAUUUGUCUUAGUUACCCAUUAUGACUUUUGUGUAAUUUAUUAACAACUCAAUUUACCAUAGUAGAUAGUGUGAAUAAAUAAUUUCUUUGGCACUCAAAAUUAUGUUUGAAACACUCCCGUAUAAGCUUCCUUGUUUUUCAUGAAAAUUUUAUUCGUUUUUAUUAUUUAAAUUUUGUUUAUUAAUUUUGAAUUAUUUAUUUGAAAAUACAUUCACUUGGAAGCAAGAGAUAAGAAAUAUCUAGAACUAGUCAUAUUAAAGAAAAAAAAACAUGAAUAGAAAGAAAAAUCGUACGGAAAGGAAGAAAUAAAAUUUAUUAUAACGCAUAUCCAUGUCGUUUAUUCUCCUCCUUUUUAUAUUUACAUAAUUAGGGUAUUAUUUAUAUUUAAAAUGAUAAAUAAGAAGAAGGAUGAAAAUAUAAAAAUAUAAUUAAGAUUUUAUCUAUACAGAUGAUGCCCAAAAUUGCAUUGAGUUGCAAUCUCAAAGCAUACAUUGUUCUGCUCUAAAAUCUACAUACCUCACAUUGCAAUGAAAAAAAUCCUCAAAAGCCAAUAAGUAAUAAUGAAUAUGCAUUGUGGGAAAAUGUUAGAAUGAUGAUCAGUUCCGCUUUCAGUCAUAGUCAUUAAGGCAAAAAUAUGGAUGAAACCAAGAAAAAAAAAUAUUAGCGGAAAUACGCGUGAACAUACAUGGAAUAAUUAAAGCCGAUGUUAAUUAAUAUUUAUUGCUAUUUAUUGAGAAAUAAUAAAAAAUAUAUAUACAAAAAGGUCAAUAUUGUUUUUCAAUUAUUUCACAAUUGCUAUAAUCAGAAAACACAAAGCGCGGAAAAUCAAAUGUUCUUCAUUCACACUCUACUAUAUACUUCGGGAUAACGCACUUCCCUAUGAUGAAUGAGGUCAGCGACUUGCGUGUUCAUGGAUUGUUCCAUUCCAUUUCAGCUUUGAGAAGAGAUCAGCAAAAAAGCGUAACAGUUUUGACGAAAGAUCAACCCGACCGAAAUUUGCUGAAUCAUUUGACAGUGUGUGGAACGGCAGUCAUGACGCAACGAGUGUAUACUCUCUGAGUGAAAAAAGAUGCGGAUCAUCCUCAAUUAAUCAGUGAUUUAAUAUUUAAUAUUUUGAUUUUUCACGCUCCAAGAUCAUUUUCAGUUGACUGAUCCUAUUUUUCGUCGAUUCGAGAGUAAAUCACUUCCACAUCCUUUGAACCUGCACACAUUCAAGCAAUUCGAUUAGAUAAUGGAUAAAAUUGUUGCAAGAUUUUGAUAAAAAAGCAAGUUAAAGAGUCCAGGCUUCAAAUUGCUGUAAACCAUAUAAUAUAAUAAUAAUAAUAUUAAUAAUAAUAAAUUUAUUCAUCCUUUUCUGUGUGCGGCUGCCGCAGGCUUCAUUGCCGAUCUCCCCGAGCAAACGGCAGAAAGCUCUGUUCUUCGGUCGAAAAUGCCAUUUGGGGGGAAAAACUAGUUACAUGUUCUGGUUCGUGGCCUUACAAUUUAAGUUGCUUGAAAACUAACUUUUCUACUUUUGAAGCCAGUGUGUUACACAGAGGAAUGGAGUAGUAAAACAGCAAAACUCUAGGAGAGUUGAAGCGCUGCACACUAAAGUGUGCAGCAGUAUAGUGUACAGUAACAGUAACACAACAGUAACAGUACAGUGUCUGAACUAUAUGGACGAUCCGAGCAUCAAGCGCGCAUACGCAAAUAAUGUCGUCAGACCACUAAUUGAAAGGCAUUGGAGGGUUUUGACAGAUUCUGACAGUAGGUGUCAGUGAUAUUCAUUCUAAUAAACUUAAUUCUGUUGUCUAUGAAAACUCGCUAGGAAAGUUGUUACCUUGUGCUUCAUACUUAAUGCGGUGAGCUUAAGUAAUUGGCGUGCAUAAAAGUCUGUGCAAUGCCGCUUUUCGGCAAGAAAGAUUCAAAUAAGAAAGUUAAGGGUGGUCGCGAUGUGCGUGAUGAGCGUACUCCCGCUAUAGAGGACAAGUACGUGUUGAAGGAGUUGCUUGGUACAGGUGCAUUCAGCGAGGUGCGCCUCGCAGAGUCACGAGAUGUACCUGAACAACUUUUUGCCGUAAAAAUUAUAGACAAAAAGGCGCUCAAAGGCAAGGAGGACUCGUUGGAGAAUGAGAUAAAAGUGCUGAGGAGGUUCAGUGCCAACCAAUGUGAGAGCGAUGGAGUGAUCAACGGGCUCUCGCACCCCAAUAUUGUUCAGCUUCUGGAGACGUAUGAGGAUAAAGUAAAGGUGUACUUGGUUAUGGAGCUGGUCACUGGUGGUGAGCUGUUUGAUAGAAUUGUUGAGAAGGGUAGUUAUACAGAGAAGGAUGCUUCUGGGCUCAUUAAACAGGUAUUGGAAGCAGUCGCGUAUAUGCAUGAACAAGGUGUUGUCCAUCGCGACCUUAAACCCGAAAAUCUAUUAUACUAUUCGUCUGACGAAGAUAGCAAGAUAAUGAUCAGUGAUUUUGGAUUAUCUAAGAUGGAAGAGUCCGGUAUAAUGGCUACAGCUUGUGGAACACCAGGUUACGUCGCACCUGAAGUGCUAGCGCAGAAGCCAUACGGGAAGGCAGUAGACGUGUGGAGCAUUGGAGUGAUUAGUUAUAUCCUUCUAUGCGGUUAUCCUCCGUUUUACGACGAAAAUGAUUCCAAUCUGUUUGCGCAAAUACUCAGGGGUGAGUAUGAAUUCGACUCACCGUAUUGGGAUGAAAUCAGUGACAGCGCUAAGGAUUUCAUUCAGAAUUUAAUGUGCGUGAAUGUUGAGAAACGCUACACGUGCAUACAGGCUCUUGCCCACCCAUGGAUCUCAGGCGAUGCGGCGAGUAGCAAGGAUAUUCAUGGUACUGUAUCCGAGCAGCUUAAGAAAACUUAUGCAAAAUCACGUUGGAAGCAAGCAUACCACGCUGCUACAGUGAUUCGGCAAAUGCAACGAAUGGCUCUUAACAGUGGGUCUGGACGCGUGAGUGCAACUGAAGAGUGCGUAAAUGGAAGUUCUGCCUCAAAGUAGGCCCAACAUUAUUAUAAUGCUUAUAUAUAUUUAUAUGUAUAAUGUAUAUAUGAGUGUAUAUAGAUGUAUGUAGACUUUGAACUUCAUAAAAGAGAAGUAGUUUAACUAUGACUUUUAGACUAGUCUAUCUUUUGUACAACAAAGAGUGAAAAAUAAGCAAAAUGAGAGUAGUUUUGCCACUAAAUUCUCAGUCUUUCUGUUAAGUAUGCAGACAUACUUGUACAUAAUAAUUUUUAGAAAAUAAUGCACGGCUGUAAUGUGCAGGUUUAUUGCAACACAUGACGAAAAGGGUCUUGAUAAGAAAUGUGAGACGUAACUGAGUUAUUUAGCUAAGCAUUGUAUUUUCCUAAAUGUAACUAGCUGUAGGUAUUAAUAACUCUACAACAUAUAUGUAUGCCGUGACAUUUCGCAUUUUGCUAAGUUUUUUUCUUUUUCAUAACAAAGCAAUUUUUGUUCCCUUUGAAACAUGACAUGGUUCUGGUACUGGGUCACUAUAUCAAGUCUAUUUAGUGUUGAAAUUGGAAACAAUCUAUGAAUCUCUAUGAGUUUUCAUAAAAUUAGGAAACUAUAUUCAUGAUUUUAGUUCAUUUUAAUCUCUUUCAGUUGCGUAAUUACUUUGAAUCACUACCUAAAGAAAAGUUUACUGAUUUGAAACAAAACGUAAUCCGCGUCAAAAAGUGUCGAUAACUACAACGCGAAAAACUACUCGUCUCCUAGGGUAUUAAAUUAAAAUAUUUGUUUUAAAAUCCUACUAUAACUUUAAAGAGGAUAUCCUAAACUUAAAUUUUACACUUUGAAAUUCAAAAUGAAUGACUUAGUCGUAUAGAUUUACAUAGUGUUAGCGACAUUUUGGUAAUUAAUUUUCAACACUAUGUACGUUUAACAUCCUUGGCUAUGGCAAUGGAUCGUUCUCUGAUAUUUUUCAAUCAGAAAUGGUAAUAUCGGGUGAUUACGGAAUAACCAGUAAAAUCCUUAACUCAGAUUCACUGAAGGGACGUUUUAAUAUUGUGAAAUACAUUUUGAUUAAUGCCUGCUGCAGGAGGAAUUCCUUUGAGCGUAACUAAGUUAAGGGUUCACUGGCCAUUUUGUCCUCAUCCAAUGCAUAAUUCUCUUUUCAUUAUUCUGUGGGCAUAAGUAUUCCAAUUAUACACAUCCAUUUGCAAGUAAAGUUUAUACAAAAAAUAAUAAAGAGCUUUACCACCUUUCUGCUCUGGAGGUUGAUUGUUAACACUUAGACAUUGAUGUGGUAUGAAAAUACAGCGAGUGGAUAAUAAAAUUGGCCACUCUGUUCUUGAAUCAAACAAUACACUAACCGUUAAACAUACCAAUAAAUAUUCUUAUAAUAUAUGAGAUCGCCGUUUCAUAAUUUAAUUAUGGCUAAAUAAACUUGAGAGAAGAUAAAACAUACUAAACAAAAUCCUUAAAUUGUACUUUCCAUGGAUUUUGUUAACUUGUGACUCAGACAUCAAUGAAAGCAACCUACGCUCGCAAAAGAAUGUUAUUAUGACCACAAAUAAAUAUAUUUCGAUGCUUUAUAGGAAUUUUCUAGUUAUUCAGAAAUCCACAAAAUAUUAAUGAAUUCCAACGCUAUUACUGUCAUAAAUUUUUAUUGUAAAAUAUUUUUUGAGGGUUAUCAACAAAAAAAAUUGUUUUAGCAUUUUUAUACAAUUUAUUAUUUAGUUUUAUAAAUAUAUUUUCUGAUUGUUAGACUAUUGCCGAUGGAAUACAUGAGGCUGAUUUAUACAUAUAUUCUGUGAUCUUAAUGCGGUAGGUGAUCUUGUUUUUUAAUUUUUGAAAGAUGCUAGGCGGCACCUAAUUUGUACAUAGUGUUUUGUUUUCUUGAAUCUGUGCCAUUAUUUAAAAUAUGGUGGCCUAAGCAGAUGGCAAUAAGAACUCGAAGCCAAAUACGAAAAAAUAGUUCUGAUCUGCGCGGGACUAAUGAUCAUCUAACAGCCUCUGCAGAUCAUAUCAACACACACAUUCUCUAACAUAGCAUUAAUUGUUUGUAAAUAUUGCAACUGAUCCUCUCCUAGACCUAUCUUUACUUAAAAGAAAAAAUGCAAAUGCAUAAGACACAUAAUUCAUCAAUUUAUGAAUACUAUUCACGAUUUAGCAGUAAUCGUUAUAUCUCAAAAUUAUACUUUAAGCUAUAUUGUAACAUUAACUGUUAUAGCGAAGUCUAUAAGCGGUGUAGAGUAUUUGGACGACAAAUAUAAAAUAAAGAGAAUAAAUAAAAAUAGCUAAGAA